CCCCCAUCUGCCCCCCUUCUCCACUGGUGUUACGCUGAUUUCCUUCCCCAGCGGACGGGCUGCCUCUCUCCCUACUGGGACCCUCUCCGCCAUCCCUCUGGAGCCUUCCCUCCGCCUCUAGCUCCGAUGGCAGUUCCCUGACAGUACCUUUUAUCAUAUGUGGUGGUCCUGUGGAGUGCUAAAAGCGUUCUGGGAAAUGAUAUACACUGAGUUGAAGAAAGGGUUUAAGAGGCUUUUCUGUUAGGUAUAAUAUGUGAUGAAUUACCAGAGAAAAUAAGAGACUGUUUAUGGAUGCAAUGACGGCAGAAUGUUUUUGGCCCAGAGAUGGAAAGAAGGUGAAGUACCGACUAAAGAAGAGCGGCAGACCAAACUGAUGGAAUGCGCAGAAAUGGCGAGACUAAGGGGAAAGAUCAGAAACCAGGAAGAACAAGUAUUUUUAAAAGACUGGAAUAAUUUUAUUGUUUACUUGAAAGACCACUGUAGACAGUUAAAAUCACGGGCAGGGAUACAAGGACACUUGUAAUGUGAACUCAACUUUGGUUACUAUGAUUACAUAAUACAGUGGUACCUCGGGUUAAGUACUUAAUUCGCUCCGGAGGUCCGUUCUUAACCUGAAGCUAAACCUUUAGCUAAUGGGGCCUCCUGCUGCCGCCUCGCUGCCGGAGCACGAUUUCUGUUCUCAUCCUGAAGCAAAGUUCUUAACCCAAGAUACGAUUUCUGGGUUAACGGAGUCUGUAACCUGAAGCGUAUGUAACCUGAAGCAUAUGUAACCCGAGGUACCACUGUAGAUGGGUAAUGGUAAAAGAUGCAGGAAAAAAGGAAAAGGUAGAAUCUUUAGAACUGGAACCCAUGGCAGGGAGGUCUGAAGGUCUGAACCUUGAUAUUUUUUAUGUUUUGGAAAGGUUAAAGUUAUCGUGUAUUUAAUUUUUUUUAAAAAAAUUUAAGAGCAGGUGAUCUCCCAGCCAUCUGGUCUAGGGCACCACCCACUAACUGCCUCAGUCCUAUCUGGAUUGAGUUUCAGUUUGACAUUGAGUUUCAGACAUCCACUCCACCUUCCUCCCAGGGAAAGCAAAAGAGCAGAGACUGCUAAACUACUAAAAACGCUGAAAAACGGAGGGACACAUUCCAUGCUGGAUGUCAUCAGACGGUUGACUCAUGUUCAGCUUCUGGUCCAGUAAGACCAUUGUUGUUGUUGUUUAGUUGUUUAGUCGUGUCCGCCUCCUUGUGACCCCCUGGACCAGAGCACGCCAGGCCCUCCUGUCUUCCACUGCCUCCCUGUUUGGUCAAACUCAUGCUGGUAGCUUUGAGAACACUGUCCCACCAUCUCGUCUGGGAAACUUGGGAGAAAGUGAUCAUGUCCUCCCCUGAGACAGAGGGAAACGCAAGCUGAGUGUAGUCAGGAAUUCACUUUAAGGCGGCCAAUUUAAAAAGGCUUAAGGAGAUACUGGGUGAGAUCCUAUGUUCUGAAAUGCUAAAAGAAAUGGGAGCUUCUUCAAGGUGAAAUAUUGAAGACCCAAAUGCAGGCAGUCCCAACCGGAAAGAAAAGUGAGAGGCAUCUAAGGAAAACAGUGUGGCUGCAUAAGGAAAGUGAUGCCCAGCCUAGUAAUCAAAGAAUAAAUGAUGUAAGGAGGGAGCUGCAGUCCAGGAUCGGAAAAGAGGGAGUAACUGGACACCUGGCUUCUUCAAAUGAAUUCAGAUCUCCAGGACCUGAUGAGCUGCAUCCAAGGUACUGAAGGAGCUUGGGGAUGUAAUCUCAGAGCCUUCAUCUAGAGCUCUGAGGAUUCCUGGAGAACAGGAGAGGCUCCUGCAGACUGGAGGGGGGAAAUGUUGUCCCCAUCUUCAAAAACAGGAAAAAAACUACUGACCGGUGAGCUUGAGAUUGAUACCAGGCAACCAGGGAAGGUCCUAGAACAGAUCAUUAAACCGUCAGUCUGUGAGGACUGAGAAAAGGAUGCUGUGAUUACUAAGACCCAGCAGGGAUUUCUCGAAAACAAGUCAUGCCAGACCAAUCUGGCAGCUCCCAGAUGAUUGGCUGGGCUCCCUUUAUUAAUGGCAUUUCUACCCCUCCUCACUGAGUCCCCACAACAAUGGGGCUCCGUUCAAGGUGCUGACAUGAGGGGUUCACUUGGACCCCAAUCUCUGAAGAGCCUCUGGAGCAGAGCCCACUCAUUAUCGUUCCCCACCAAAUUUCUACCGUUUGCCACAGGCUGUCGGGGGGGGCGGGUCUUGUCUGAGGGAAAACCUAGUGAUUUGCAGUCUGAAGCAGGAGUUGGUCAAACCAGAAAAGCUUUUUUUUUUAACACAAAAAGUUGGUGAAAGCAAGUUGGGUCAGGAGAGGCAUUCUUUCAGGUAGAAGUUAAGUUAAUAUUCAACUAAACGGAAAGAUGUCACAGGCCUAAACACAGUAGUACAGGCACAGCGUCUCUCCAAAUCGGUUCUUCCACUUGAGGGAGAUGUUGAGGGGGGGCCAAAGAGGGGGCCAAAUGCUUCCCGGUGAUACGGAAGGGGGGGGGGCAUGUCUUCUUCUUCACCUUCUUCGCUACAAUAUAUCCAUUUAUUUCCAAUUGCCAAUGUCAAAAGGGACUAAAAUCUAUAAAAUUCAUAGAAAAUCAACUUGCCAAUUUGCUCAAUUUCUCUAGGACUCCAUGACACCUCCCCUGCCCUCCAUAAUCCCUCAAGCAAGGUGUCAAGACCCUAAUCCUGUCAAAUCGCUCUGCCAAGCCCUUCCUCCGGGCGAUGCCAGGUGACAGACUAUGCAUACAUGGACCAUUGUCUUCUCAGGAUGUGCUUAUCUGCGCAUAUCUCCAGCUCUGCAUAUUCCCCCCUCCCUCCUCCAUAUGUUAAUCCGGUGUAACCCAACCUCUUCCUAAUGUAUUCGUGAUGUAAUCUGUGUAACCCAACCUCUUCUUAAUGUAUUCAUGAUGUAACUGGGAUGUAUUUUGCACUGUAUUCUGGGACAUGGAGGGAAAUUUCAAAAGUUCAUGUCACCCCUUUCUCGCUGUUCAAUCUCGUCUUGAACCUGUUGCGCAAUAAACUUGGAUCUCCUGGAACUUGCUCCCGUCUCCGGCUGAGCUCAUUUUCUUCCGCAGGGACCCGCGGACUCAGUCCGACGAGCUGGGUGGCAGAGUAACCCCGCACCCAGAUUUUACCGUAACAGUUGGCGCCCCAACGUGGGGCUUGCGGUUCUCCCGAGCUGCUGACCGGGGGCCCCAAAAUCUUCAGCCGGCUCCGGGCCAUUUUGCCUGGGAAGAUCCUUUUGGACCCCGGCCAUCUUCCGGGCGGUAAUCGAAAGCCCUAGGAGUUCAGCCGGGGAGCAAAGAGGGAUCCAGCCGGCUUAUUCAUCGAUCCCGGGAUCAUCGUAGAAGACACGUGAGUAUAAGGAAAAGAAAAUCCAGUGCACUGGUGGGAAGGGUGGAAGUCUCCUGGCAACUGAAUUCUCUGCCCUCCUCUCUAUCGUUCCUUCUCACCUUUCUCUUGGUCCGGUUAGUGAGAGAGACCGUGGACCACCGCUCGACCCGAAAGGGGGGUUCUGAGCUCUAUCUCUUUCCUAAACCCUCCAGCCAGCCGCACCAAUUGGGAGCCCGAAAGUAAGACGGAGAGAGCCGACUUGAAAAAUAGCCGACCCUCCGCAACGGGCAUCCCAGUUGAAAGCAAGGGGUUGGAGUUCUCUUUCCGAGCUUCCCGAGCGUCCUUCCUAGGAGGCAGGAAGUGGUCUGGCUUUCUGUAUCAAUCCCAGCCGCACUGGUCGGUGCCACGUAACACGUGUAUCGUGCGUGAGCCCGCUUCCAAAAGCAAGGGGGAUUUUCGGUUCGAAACUCUAUCCAGGGAUCACCCGAUCUGGCACCGCACGGCACGGGCGUUCAGUAGGGCCCCUUUUCCUGAGAUUGUGACGAUAGGUAGGAGGUUGCCAGGAGGGAUAGCCCAUGAGGAAUUGGGCGGGAUUUGGCAGAGUGGAAAGGAACCCCAAGAUUUGGAAUAGGAAAUAAGGAAAGGAAUAAAGGGAAACCGGAUAGUUAGAGCUCACUAAAACCACUAGGAAGUUGCCAAGCAACAAGAGAUAGAAAAACCCUAAAUAGCCCCCUGUACAAGUUAACCAAAUCCCAAUCAACCCCUCUCUUUCUCCCUUCUCUAUCCCAGACACCCCCCCAAAAAAAGAAAAAACAACAAAAAGCAACAACAGCAACGCAUGCAUAUAUAAAGGGGUACCCAGUCAACCAAGCGUUGUGAGCCCUGCCAGUUUGAUUAACUGGUGGUGUGUUCGAAGAGGCAAGGAGGCUCAUAAAACCAUGUUGGACCUUCCUACUAAUUUCACUUAAUGAAGCCAAAGGUAGCGGCCCAACUCCUUGCAAUAACCAACUAAAGGAUGAGAAUAUAUAUGUUUACAUGUUGUCUGUUAUGUGUGUUGUCUGUUAAUACAUAUGAGAAUAUGUAUGUUUACAUGUCGUCUGUUAUGUGUGUUGUCUGUUCCUUCUGUCUCUGACAGACUGCCUUUCUUAAGUGCACAUAGUUUAAACUGCAAGCUUGCUUCAAAAUUUUAAAUCUAAGGAAGCCAGGCUGGACCUUGUCAAUCCUAAAUAAGACAAAAAUGAGAAUGAAGUGUGCAAAUGUUUACCCCACCUCUUGCUUUGCCGCAACCUUUGAGAUUGUGAGUCUACAGUCUAUUUUGGAAUGUGAAGUUAACCUAAUGUUUCUGCUGCAAAAGCGUAGUUGAGCACAACUGCUCUCUCAAGCUAAAAUGCAGUGUCUGUAUUUCAUUAAGCACAUGCCUAUGAAAAUAGGUGUUCCUUCUAAGAAAAUUGUUAAUAAAAGGUAGAAGCUUCGAUAGACAACAAUUCUCUAUCUAUAGAGUCCAGUCCUGAUAUCAGUCUCUAAGAUCAGCCAGGGUUUCCUGGCUUUUUAUUAGAAAAUGCCUUCCCCACUUGUUUCAGUCUCUUUCAGGUCCCCCCCCCCUUCUUACUUCCGUGCCGAGUGAAUUUACUCCCGAGUAAGCUUCCUUCAACAAGGGAGGGGGGCACAUUCUUUGCUAAAAGUACCCGACAUCUCACUUUCCUAUGUAUCGUUAUUCCUAUGCGAGUUCAGAAACAUUAUUAACUUUUGUAUCCCUUUUAAAUCAAAUCCAGGACUGUUUUUAUUAUUUGUGAGUGGUUAUAUCAACUGAAAUAACUCUAUGCUUAUAGAAUAUUCUCUCCCAGAUUCUCUUCCUAUCUUAUCUUAGGAAAACUGUUCUUCCUUUAAGAUCAUUUCUCUAGGAACUUGCACUCAUUAGUCUAAGGAAGUAAACUCUCACUCAAACUAUCUCAAGAUCUGCUAAAAGGGUUCUGUGUAAAGUUGGGUACUUUUAUUUUCCUCUUCCUUAGUACAUGAUAGGAGCAUAGGUGUUUCCUUUCGCAGUUGUAAAUCUGUACUUAAAUGUGUAUGUCUCUUUGGUAGUACAAAUCUUGCUGUGAAAUCUUGCUGUGAACCCUAUAUUUUGGAGGGUUGGACUAGAUGACCCCAGGGUCCCUUUCAACUCUCCCAAUUUGUGGCCGUGUGGAAGGACAUGUGUCUGCAAACAUUGGAGGGUAAUUGUUAAAUUCUGGUGUGGUGAUGGAGUUGAAAUUCAGCCUAGCUUUGCUCUUUAGUUUUAAAAGGUGUGAGGUGAAGCCUUGAUGUUUUGAAGCACAACUGGUAAUAUCAAGCAUUUGAGUGAUUACAGUGUUUAUCAUUUUGUCUACUAUUUAAAAAUCAGACUUCAAAGUCAAUUCAAAGUUUCAGCACAUACAAAUACAUAUGCGCCUUGACCAAUAAAUGACUGAGAAUGUUAAAAAAUCCUAUGAAUUCUGACUCUCUGGCCAUUUUUUCCCAUAUAUAAGGGCGUGGCAUUGUUCCGCGAAUGGCCAGAGGGAUAUUAGCCCUUUCCUGUACAUAAAGGAAGCAGUCCCUUUGCUUGGGCUGCAAUUGCUAGCUUUGGUGAAUACUUGAAUCGCUGAGUUUCUCUUUUUUGUUUUAAAAUCUAACCCUAUUUUUAAAAUCUACUCCUUACCCUUCCCUUCCCUUAUUCAAAUGGUAAUUUAGCCAAAAGAUUCAACAUUUUCAAUAGUAUAAAAGGUUUGCUGAGACAUGAACUCUGCACAUGCACAGAGGCUAGAUCAGCUAAACAAAAAAAAAGGGGGGAGGAAAGAGAGAGAGAGAGAGGAAGGAGGGGAACUGUAAGGGGGGAGAGGAGGUUUCGAGAGCUUGGGCUGCAGGGAGAAACUUAUCCAAAUUUCCUUAUGUAAAACUUGGAACCAUUGAGGGAAUUCACCCUUAAUGUGUCCUUUGCUCCAGGGGCUACAUAAGACAAAGGGUUAAGUACUAGCCCAUCAAAAGUCAAGAGGUUUCCAGGUUUCAAAUCUUAACAUGCCAAAUUCUUUUCACAGGUAAAUAUCAAAGCGCUCCCACUGUGAGUUCCACUCUUGACUAGUUCUCCCACCCCCAAUGGGAUUUAGCUUUUAUAACAGGCUUUGUGUGCAUUAUAGGAACAGCAUUCCUGACAGAGAUUUUCAAAGGAAAUAAAAAAUUUCCCUUUAAAACAGGAUACGUGAACUCGGACCCACAUAAGCAAAAUGUUUAAUAAUUUGCCAAUUGUGUUCAAAUUAACAAAGGUUUUAUCCCUUCGUUUCUUCCACAGCCAAACUAAGUGAAGGAAAUUAAAUGUAAAUGAUUAUAAUAUUUAAAUGGAUAAAAUGCCUAACUAUGAGUUUGUAUUUACAGCCUCCCAAGAAGAAAAUUUUAGAAUAUUCUCUCCUUUCUUGACUAUUAUCUUCCUCCUUAAAAAAAAAAAGAAAAGAAAGAUCAACAACAACAACAACAACUAAUUAUGUCUUCAGAUCUCAAAUCCCCCUGCAGGCCUAUUUCCAAAGGAUGCUUUGCGGGAGACCAAAAUAUUAAGACCAUCUCCUCACCAGCUAAGCAGCCUGCCAAUGCAUCACAGUAGCCACAACAAUUUCUUCCCAUAAAAGACUUGAGAAACUGACUAAUUUAAUUUUGAAGGAAAUGCCCUUGUGCCCAAGUUUGGAAAUACAUGUAAAAGCAGCAAGAAUUGUCUCAAGAUCACAUUAUUGCCUCAAGAUAUGGUGUAGAAUUAAUAAUUUGUACGUUUUGUGUAUUAUGUGUUAUUAUGUAGGAAUGCUGAAAUGUGUCUGAUAAUGUGUUAUCUCCACAAAGGGGGGGCAAAAAUUUCUGUGUGUAAUUGUUUCUGUAUAAUGUAGGAUACAUAACUAUGAACAACAGAAGGAUAUGGCUUACACCCCAAGGUUUUUGUUUUUUUCAUGGAGGAUUCUCAUAUAUUACAUGCUUUCCGAUAGAGCAGGCUAUAUUUAGAUUAAGUCAACUGAUGAUCAUAUUUCCUUGUCCCACCUGGCACUCUGCAGAGUGCCAACCUUCCUUACCCAUUUAUUUAUGUAUUUAAUGUUUUUCUAUACAUGAAGUUCCCAGACUUUUUACUAUUUCUUUCUUUCUGUUCCAGAAAACUAUUUCAAAUCUCUUCUAUGACUUCUCUGUAUCACUUGCAGAUUCAGUACUGUCUUUAAGUAGCAAUUGUUCUGUAUUUAUUUAUUUAUUAAUCUUGGUUUUCCCGUAUAGCUGUGAAAUUAAUCUAACCACAACCAAGUAUUAUUAUUGGAACCAUAUUUACAGGUAGCUUUGAAGCAACGCUCUUUAUUAUUAUUUGAGAUGUUUUGAUUAAAAUGCCAAAUGAAAAUGGGUGUAGAUCAUGUCCCAAAUUUUAUUUAUUUAUUUGAGGACACGACUACCAUAUGUAGAAUAAGGUUCCUUCACUUUCCUUACAUCUCCAACAUAUUAUUAUUAUUAUUAUUGAUAACAAGAAACGUGUAUAUGCCUUGAUGUAGCAGGAAUGGUCCCUUAUAGAGUUAAAUUGACUCAUUUGGACAAAUGCCCUUUUAAAGAAUGGUUUUGGUUUAACAUACUGGUUUUGAAAAGUUGAGAACCAUGGGGCAAGAUAAAUUCAAAUUGGACUCUGCUGGAAUUGGGCACGUGUAUCCAGGCUGCAACUAGCUUUUGGUCCUUUAAGAGCAAGUGAGCAACUUUCCAUGAGUGCAAGACCAGAGCCUGCAAUAAUAAAACCCCAUAGAAAGGCCAAGGCAAAGACAUCUCUCUCAUGAUAUGCCCAAGCCUGUGCCAGCUAUGGUGAGUGCCAGGCGACAUGGUUAAAUGAAAGCCCUGAGGGGAUUCAACAGGAUGUGUUACUGUACCACUAUGCCGGUGUGAGACCACAGAAGAGCUAGCUUGGCACCUGAAAACACAAAACGGUGGGGCUAAAAAGCAAACUGCAUUUUUUUUCAGUCAGUAGUGGACCUUCCUGCUAAAUGUAAAGCAUACACCACUAUUGAAAAUGUUUCUCCCAAGAGCUAGAAUGCCACAAGUAAUUUAGUAACAAAAUACAACAGGUGUUCUUUUUAUGUAAUUUCCUAUAUCCAGCUAUCUGCACUGCUAUACUUGCAAAUGACCGUAAGAGGCAUGGCUUGCAAGUCCCCUUCAGGUUUGCAUAAACCCACGCAUCUGGUACGGUAGAUACCAAGUUAUUAUUUAGCGCAUAUCUAUAUAACACGCGCGUACAUUGUAUUCGUACAUUGUAUUCGUCGGUGUUGUUCCCUCUUUUGCUACCCUGCUCAACCCACCUCCUUUUCCAUUAGAGCCUAUUCCCACUCACAGGGCACCCCUACAUUCACCGAGAUUUAGGGUGCGGAGAAAAGAUUUGCAAGUUCUUACAGAACUUUAAUGCAAAUCUAUCUCCGAAUGGGGGACUGAUACGGAAGGGGGGCAUGUCUUCUUCUUCACCUUCUUCGCUACAAUAUAUCCAUUUAUUUCCAAUUGCCAAUGUCAAAAGGGACUAAAAUCUAUAAAAUUCAUAGAAAAUCAACUUGCCAAUUUGCUCAAUUUCUCUAGGACUCCAUGACACCUCCCCUGCCCUCCAUAAUCCCUCAAGCAAGGUGUCAAGACCCUAAUCCUGUCAAAUCGCUCUGCCAAGCCCUUCCUCCGGGCGAUGCCAGGUGACAGACUAUGCAUACAUGGACCAUUGUCUUCUCAGGAUGUGCUUAUCUGCGCAUAUCUCCAGCUCUGCAUAUUCCCCCCUCCCUCCUCCAUAUGUUAAUCCGGUGUAACCCAACCUCUUCCUAAUGUAUUCGUGAUGUAAUCUGUGUAACCCAACCUCUUCUUAAUGUAUUCAUGAUGUAACUGGGAUGUAUUUUGCACUGUAUUCUGGGACAUGGAGGGAAAUUUCAAAAGUUCAUGUCACCCCUUUCUCGCGGUUCAAUCUCGUCUUGAACCUGUUGCGCAAUAAACUUGGAUCUCCUGGAACUUGCUCCCGUCUCCGGCUGAGCUCAUUUUCUUCCGCAGGGACCCGCGGACUCAGUCCGACGAGCUGGGUGGCAGAGUAACCCCGCACCCAGAUUUUACCGUAACACCGGCGUUGCUGCUCCUUUCCCUAGUAAUGAAGGGGAACAGUUAGGGUUACUCCAAAAAGCCCUAAAACUGUCUGUGAAUCCCCCCCCCCCCAGCCAGGCCUCAAAAGCCUCGCCUCUAGCAUUUAAAAAACUGCAUUAUCCUCUAAGACAAAAAGCCUUAGCUAAGCAUUCCGCUUGCUGGAACUGAAAAAGCUUGCAACCAGGUAGAGAACAGAGUCCCUUGUCUUCUCAGGCCUUUCUCAGAGCCUUUGGCCUUGCUAAAGAACCACCUUGCAACUUGCUUUCUGUCCGGGAACCAUGCCAGAGCACCAGAAUGAAACAACUGGAACACACUGAAACCCUCUCACCCCCUUUCUGGGAAAAGUCCAAAAAUGGUCCCAAGACAGGAGCUUUCUGUUCAUGCUCAGAGGAACUCAUGGGCAGGACUCUUGAAGAAGGAUGAGAAAAGAGAAAAGUCCUAAAACCCUAAACGCACUUCCUCGCGAGCAAGCGCAGCUGGCAUAGGAGGCUAGGAGGGGCCCGAUCCUCUCCUCCUCCUCCUCCUCCUCCUCCUCCGUUGCCAUGCCCAAGGUGGUGUCCUGCUCCGUGGUUUGCUCCGACACCCGCGACCGGGAGGAGUACGACGACGGCGAGAAGCCCCUGCACGUCUAUUACUGCCUGUGCGGGCAGAUGGUGCUGGUCCUGGAUUGUCAGCUGGAGAAGCUGCCCAUGAGACCUCGAGACAGGGCCCGGGUGAUUGAUGCGGCCAAACACGCCCACAAAUUCUGCAACACUGAAGAGGAGGAAAACGUUUAUCUCCGCAGGCCAGAGGGCAUUGAACGGCAGUACAGAAAGAAGUGUGGAAAGUGUGGACUUCUUCUCUUCUACCAGCACCAGCAGAAGAACGCCCCAGUAACAUUCAUUGUUGAUGGUGCUGUGGUCAAAUUUGGACAGGGCUUUGGAAAAACGAACAUCUACACCCAGAAGCAAGAGCCACCCAAGAAGGUGAUGAUGACCAAACGGACGAAAGACAUGGGCAAAUUCAGUUCGGUCACAGUCUCCACCAUUGAUGAAGAGGAGGAGGAGAUUGAAGCGCGAGAAAUUGCUGAUUCGUAUGCACAGAACGCCAAAGUGAUUGAGAAGCAGCUGGAGCGGAAGGGCAUGAGCAAGAGAAGGCUGCAGGAGCUGGCUGAGCUGGAAGCAAAGAAGGCCAAAAUGAAAGGGACUCUUAUUGAUAACCAGUUCAAAUAAGGAGCAUCGAUAUAGAGGACUAGCCAAGAAAUGUCAUUUAGGAACCAGGGA